AUGGAGACGGUGAUUGAUAGUGCAGUGUUAGAUAGAAUUAGAAUAAAGUGUGGUUUUACAAAUGGUAUUUGCUGUAGUAGUGUAGGUAAUUCAGGAGGUAUGGGUUGUUGGUGGAAUGAUCUUGCUGUUAAGACACACUCUUAUUCCACCCACCACUUUGCUGCUGAUAUUUUGGAUCGCAAUAACAUUCCGCUGUGGAGAGCAAUUGGAAUUUAUGGUUGGCCGGAGUCGGGAAAUAAGUAUAAAACAUGGGAGCUUAUGGGUAACCUAAAAGCCAAAUGCACCACACCAUGCAUUAUGUUUGGUGAUUUUAAUGAAGUGUUAUGUCAUGCUGAGAAAGAGGGUGGGGUUCCUAGAAGUGAGAGGUGUUUUGAUGCGUUCCAUAAUGCAAUAGAUAAUUGUGGGUUGGUUGAUUUGGGGUUUAAGGGUUGUAUGUUUACAUGGCAAAGAGGGACUUCUCCGGCUAGCUAUAUUAGAGAACGCCUUGACAGAUAUUUAGCAGAUGAUGACUGGUGUACUAUGCUCCCUAAUUACUCGGUACGUCACUUUCCUAUCUAUAGCUCGGACCAUGCGCCAAUUUUGUUACAAGCUAGUAAUUAUUUUGAGCGGGGUAGAAGGGAUAAAAUGUUUCGAUUUGAAGCUCUAUGGUUAUCUCGUGAGGAUUGUGGAGAUGUUAUUUCGAAUGCUUGGAAAGAGAAUAGUGCUAGUGAUGUGUGUACUAGACUGUCACGCUGUGCUCGGGAUCUUACAAAAUAG